AUGACGGGAAGGCGGCCCCUGGGGAGGGUGCUCAGGAAGGCUGUGUAUGCCUGUCUGCAGCACGGGAAGUGCUCAGGAGGGAGGCAGGACUGUGCCCAACCACUGGCCUUGUCCCUUUUCCUUGAAGUGGCCCAGCCUACCCCUGCCUGUGGCAGCCCUGCCCCUGGGGUAUCUUUUGCCGAGCACGUGUUUCCCUCCCGCACCCGAUCUUCACAUCUCCUCAGGACGGCUCCCUGCCCCAGGACAGUACAUCCCAGGAAGGAAUUCGGUCCGGUAUCUGCCACGGCUCUAGCAAAAUAUACCAGUUCCUCGUGUAUCAAAGUGGGAUGGUGUGACUGGCAGCUGCAGAGCACUUGGCAAUGUCUAGUUAACCUCGGGAAGUUCUCUUCAUACCAGGCUGUCCAAAGUGGCUUGGAAGGCUUGGCUGGUUUCCCUACUGAAAAUAGGGACAUUUCCAUUGAUCGGAGAGCUAAAUCCUGCUUAGUUGAAGGAGAAGACUUGCAGCAAGAAGACAGUGCCCCGGUGGGAGAACCACACCUGGAGGAUGACCGCUUCCUCAUGGCCCCUGACGUACACGAUAAAUCUGAGACCCUGGAACCUGAAACAUUUCAUGAAGAUUCACAGGACUACCAUCAGGAUUUGGAAGAGAAGACAUAUGAACAGGAAGCUCCGGAUUCCAGUGAACCAUUAGUAGCUGAUGGAAGAUUGCAGCACGACGAAGAUGGUGUAACAUACCAAGACUAUGAUGAAAAAGUAUAUGAACCUUUGGAAAAUGAACCUUCAGAAAAUGAACCUUUGGAAAACGAACCUUUGGAAAACGAACCUUUGGAAAAUGAACCUUUGGAAAACGAACCUUUGGAAAAUGAACCUUUAGAAAAUGAACCUUUGGGAAAUGAACCUUCAGAAAACAAUCCUGUGGAAAAUGAACUUUCAGAAAAUGAACCUUCAGAAAAGGAAAGGAUAGAAAUCUCAGAUACUACUGUAUACAGCGUAGAAGAUUCAAAUGUAAUUGCAGAAGAAGUCACUGUUCCUCUGGUAGAAGAACAGCAGGAAGUCCCACCAGAUACUUAAAGCUUCAAAAAGACUGCCCCUACUACCACAGGAGGACCAGCCUAACCAUACGCUCCAAAAGAUGGCUGUGCUAGAUCUUGUGAAGCAGUUACUGAGCAGAUCAAGAUCUUUGGGAGAGAGCACUAAAGAUGUUUUGAAUGCAUUGUAGUCCACUGGCA